AUGGGCCGCUGUCGAUCUAAAACAUUACAGAAAAAAUCACAAGCUCGCUUUAAGACCUUGAAAGCUGCUCGUAAAUCACAACUUCGUCAACUUGAGGAUCAAGUUCAAACGUUUCGGUCUGAAAAUGAUUCCUUACAAGCUAAAAACAAUUUUUUACAAGAAGAAGUUGCAACUUUGACGGAAUUUGGGGUUUUACAAUCCAUACAAAUCCAUCAACAAGAAGAGCUAAUCCAUCAACAAGAAGAGGAAGUGCAAUCUAAUAACGAACUGUGGGCUAUUGCCGAAGUGGAAUGCUGGGAGGCCCAGAAAAAGGUUAUUCAACAAGAUGAAGAAAUUGUCGGCUUAAAUGGCAAAGUAAAACAACUGAAAAGGGAGAACAAAAGCGCUAUGUAUAGUACAAAAUAUUUUGAAACUAAAUAUUAUCACGCGAUGAGUGUUAUACAAAAAUAUGGUAUGAUUGUUGUUGACGAUAGUAUGCCUAAGUCUCCUUCACCUAUACCUUCAUCUUCAUCUUCAUCUUUUUCUUCUUCUUCUUACGAUCAAAUAUUUGUUGCUGAUGGUCCUAAUUAUAUUAAUGAUAAUAAUGAUAAUAAUAACGAUAAUGAUAAUAACGUUGAUAAUAAUAUUAAUAACGAACAAUAA